CCGUAGACUCACGGUAAAGUCAGACGUGUAUCUCCUUCGCGUCGAACGGAAAUCGCCCUGACGAAACACAGCUGUAACACCCACAGUCCUGCGAGCCGUCGCUUCGUCGCAACUUGUGACAGUGGGACUAUUUACGAAUGCAUUCCAUUGAGGAUGUCGUCCGCCUUGACGUUAGACUUCGACAAUCGACAACUGAAUGCGGCGAUGGAGAGCGAGGCAGGCGUCAUCUCCAUCGACCAGGGAGGAGAGUGGGACAUAAGCCUGUUCGAUGAGCUGGACAACCUGGGAGAUGCCGACGAGCUGUUCCAGGCCUUGGAGAAUGCGGGCUAUGCCACUGCGGAUCCAGUUCUGGACUUUGAUAUUGAUAUACUAUGGAAUGAAGUGGACACAAGCAGCACCUGCACAGAUGGUGAGGUGAGUGUGGACUCUCUGUCACCUGCCCACACUCUGAGCUCUGUCCCCUCUCCCGCCUCUCUGGAAGCUCUGUCCCCUUACUCCUUACACCACCCAAGUCUCUCUGCCUCUAUCCAGGAUGAGGCCCUGUCGCCACAACGCUCUCCCGUUUCAGUCUGCUCAGAGUCCAGUGGCUUUUCUGAAAUCUCUCCCCUAGUCAAGACCGCUCCAAAGAGGACCAGCCAGACCACACGAGCCAAACCAGCUCAGUCUGUCAAGAGGCCGAUUCAGAUUGGCCCCAAAGUUUCCAUCCAGCCCAAACCACUGAUCACAGCUGUGCCGCUGGCUCAGGCAUCAGCUCCCCUGCAGACCAAGACAAUCAUCAUCCAGCCUCUGCAGACCACUGUGCUGCCUAUGGUCAAACCAGCUGCAGUCAACAUCCAACCAGCACCCCCUCCAGGUCGUCCUAUAGUGCUGUCUCGACCAAGCCAAGUGCUACAGAUCCACACGCCACAGGCAGUCACCAGCAAUGUGGUUGCCAUGUCAACACUCAGCCAGGACAGGCCCGUCCCUGUCACUGCUCCUCCAUUGGUCUCCGUCACACUGCGAACCCCUUCCUCAGAUGAUGAUUCGAAGUUGUCCCAGAGACAGCAGCGCAUGAUAAAGAACCGCGAGUCAGCGUCCCUGUCCCGGAAAAAAAAGAAAGAGUACCUGCUCACGCUGGAGGCCCGCCUGAAAUUGGCGCUGUCUGAGAAUGAGGCGCUCAAGUGUGAGAAUGGCAACCUGAAGAGACAGCUGGAGGGCCUGCUGAGUGAGAACACCGUACUAAACACAACAGCAUCCAAGAGGAGAGCAGUGUGCCUCAUGGUGGUUGUGGUGUUCCUUAUGCUUAAUGUUGGACCAAUGAGUGUGUUUCAGGGUGGUCCUGGCUCCAAGCUCGAAGUCGUCUCCGGGGAGCACAGCGGCAGACACCUGCUGGGUUUCUCCCCAGAGGCAGAAACCAACGUCGUGAUGGGCCCCGAGGCCCUCGGCAGCGGCCCCUCUGAGAUGGCAGACAGCUCUGAAGAUAAGGCCCUGAUGGUGGUGAAGGAUCCCGUCUUUCUCAGACCUCCCCCACCCUGCCAGCCUCCUCUUAACAGGACCAAGUGCAAAGAGCUGGCCCAUGAGCUGAGGGGUUGGGUACACCGUCACGAAGUGCAACAGACCAAAUCCAGGCGCAUGAGUAACAGCAAUCACAAACCCACCAGGACCAUUCUGAAAACAGAGAACAAGGAGAAUGCCCAGAUUUUGACAGUUCAAUACACAGAAACUACUGAGGAAAAGAAUCCUGGCAGUGAACUGCAGGUCUACUACGCACCUCAUCACACCUACAGUGACUUCUUUGACGAGCUCAACCGUCGGGGCGACACGUUCUACGUGGUGUCCUUCCGCAGGGAUCAUCUUCUGCUUCCUGCCACCAACCACAAUAAAGGAAGUCGACCCAAGAUGUCUUUGGUGUUGCCAGCUAUGAACAUCAAUGACAGCAUCAUCGGGGACAAAGAGUUCGAGGUGAUGAUGCAGAUCGACUGUGAAGUGACAGACACCAGGAUCCUCCACAUUCGAUCGUCCACCAUCCCACCUUUGCUGCGGGUCAACCGCACGGACACUUUUUACCAGCACUCCCCGACCAGCAACCAGGCCACGCCUCCCGUCGGCGUGCUAAUGGGCUCCGCCUGAGAUCGCCGUCAGCACCUGCGUUAUUUAUAACCACAACAAAAGCCAUGAAGAUGAACAUGAGAUGAAACCAUUUGUUUGGGUUUGACUGAUUAUAUUUUUAAGCUGGUGUGCUCUCAAUGACGCUGUGUUUGUGGUGUAGAUGUGAAUGAAUGGGCUCUGCAGAAAUCCCUAACCGUUAGUAUACAAAGGUUGCUCGAAGCUUAUCGGCACCGGCCGGCCACAUUCUUUAUUAGGACUGAUAUCCGCAGGUAGUCUGUAAUAGGAUGCAAGCAAACUAGCCCACGUGUGGCAAAACUGACUUCUCCCUGUGACCCCAGACGUCUCGCAUAAGGGUAAAUGCUUAGCAGCGGGGGGCAGAGCGUUGAACCUUGAGUCACCCCGUCAUAACACAAAUACUUAAACCCCAUAGCAGCUCUACUAAGUCUGCCCCCCACCCACCCUUUAAUUUCCAGGCAUAGCACAGAAAACAAAUUUAUAUCGUGGACCUAAGAUUUAGACAGGACAAGAUGAGAAAAAAAACUUGUGAUAUGUUCAGAAGCACAACUUCUGUGUUUAUGUCUUAGCUAAAAAUGGAGUGCUGGAAUCAUCUCUCUUACUCAGUUUGUGUCUGUUUGGCUCUCUAAAUGAAUAAAAAAAAAAAUUAAUGAAAUAGUAAGAGAUGUCAGAUCAAUUACGAGUUGCACCAGAGGAAAUCGGUAAAUUCAGGAAACUCAGGUGAUCAGAAAAAGAUAAAAGGCAAACUGCUACUUUGUUUGUUUCCAUUGGAUUCUCUGUUUUUAGCAAUGUAUCAAUGAAGAAUUCCAGUUUAUAUUUGGAGUAUUUGCACUGUGCUUCACUCAUAUUUACUAACAGAUUCAGAUACCGAACAUAUUUAUUUUAUUAUUAUGUAAGAGUAAUUGUGAACUUCUAUGUGCUCAUUUCUGCAGUUGAAAAUUGCUUCUGUGGGGAUUAUUGAUUUUUUAAUUUCUUUUCUUCAUCGGUCUCGUUAUACCUUGAGGGAACUUUUUAUUGUGCUUGAUCUCGGAAAACUGAAAGACAUUGUAAAUAAGAUAUGAAACAGUUUUUUUUGUUUCUGUUCACUGGGUGGACAUGCAGAACUUUUAAGAUCACCAAAUUUGAAAUUGCCUCUAAAAAAAAUAAAUGUUUUUGUUAAAUAACCACUCAUGAACAACAAAGUUUGAGCCCUGACUUCUCCAUCCACAGGCUAAAUUGCACUUUUAUUUGGUUCACUUAGGCCUCUAAUGAAAUUGCAACCUAUUGGGAAGUCUGAGUCUAAAAACUGUGGUGUUAAGAUAGAUUUUUAGUAAGAGUUUGUUGUAAACAUUUGCACUGUUGAUGCAGAACCUGGUAAGUUCAGCUCUGACUUUAAAUGCCUUAUUUUGAUGCGUCUUUUACCUUUUACCUGUAAUUUGGGGUAAAAUUGAUAUUAGAUAGUAAAUUCUAUAUCAUUAGAAUUGGAAACCUUAUUCUUGGCCAGUUUCUCUAUAUGUUCAACAAAUUAUACUUCUGUGACCGGAGUGUAGCUACAUGAUUGUACAGAUGGUUAUGUUUUAGCUCAACAGAUGCCCAUAAAAAUUGUUCUUGUGUUGUUUUAAGCCAGACCUGUGUGUGUGUGUGUUAGUACCAUUCUUUUUUUUCCCCCUUUUGGUUUCAAAAAUAUAUUUGAUUUGCCACAUUGUUUUUAUUGCAUCCCAACAGAAGUUGGGGACAAUACAAGAGUACAAUUAAAAACGGGGUGGUUGGGGGGUGCGUUCACUUAUGUAUAGAACCAAAACCAAAAUAAACACUGGAUUUUCUCUAACCAUA